UUGUCCGUUAAUUAGAUUAAUCUCUGAUCCAUAGGAAAUCUGACAAAACAUAUGAAGUCUAAAGCACACAUGAAAAAAUGCCUGGAGCUUGGAGUAUCAAUGACAUCCGUAGAUGAUGCUGAAACAGAAGAAGCAGAAAACAUGGAGGACAUGCAGCAGGAGGCAGAGAAGAGCAGCAACUUGGCAGGCCUGUCAGCAGAGCACCAGUUUUCUGACGCGGAGGAGUCGGACGGUGAGGAUGGCGACGAUAACGACGACGACGAUGAGGAUGAGGAUGAUUUUGAUGAUACUCAGGGAGACUCGACACCAAAAACCAGAUCAAGAAGCACCAGCCCGCAGCCCCCUCGGUUCUCCUCCCUGUCGGUGAACUCGGCUGGGGCAUCACAGGGGGCUUCCCCUGAAGGCUCCCUUUCCGUGGGACACUCCUCCCUCAUCAGUUACUUGGUCACCUUACCUAGCAUUCAGGUUACUCAGCUUAUAACAUCGAGCGACUCCUGUGAAGACACACAGAUGACAGAAUAUCAGAGGUUUUUCCAGAGCAAGAGUACCGAUUCAGAGCCCGAUAAAGACCGGUUGGACAUACCUAGUUGCAUGGAUGAGGAUUACGCGCUUUCGUUAGACCCCAGUUCGUCUCCAAGGGACCUCUCACCUUCCAGUCGACAGUCGUCACCCAGCUACGAUUCUUCACCCUAUAGAGAUAACUCACCAAAGAGGUAUUUAAUGCCAAAAGGGGAUUUGUCACCCAGAAGGCAUCUGUCACCCCGAAGAGAUAUUUCACCCAUGAGGCACCUUUCCCCACGGAAGGAGUCUGUGCUGAGGAGAGAGUUAUCGCCAAGACGGGACGUGUCACCAAGACGUCACCUAUCGCCCAGGAGACCCAUGUCACCAGGGAAAGACACGUCUGUUCGAAGAGAUUUGUCUCCCAGGCGAGAGAGGAGAUACAUGGCCUCCGUUAGAGCAGCAUCUCCCCGGAGGGGCUUAUACCAUAAUCCAGCGUUGUCCAUGGGUCAAUAUUUACAGUCUGAAUCUAUUCCAGUGGGGCAUUCAAGAAGGGGGUUGUCUCAGGGGCCUUACUUCAACGUAUAUGGAGAAAAAGGAGGUGUGGAGCACCGUGGGUCUAGCCCGUUCCCCGAAGGUCCGAGCGACUACGUCUUCAGCCACCUUCCCCUACACUCCCAGCAGCAGAUCCGAGCGCCCAUCCCCAUGAUGCCCAUCGGGGGGAUCCAGAUGGUCCAUUCAGUACCGGUGGCCCUUUCAGGUUUACAUCCUCCGUCCGCUCUGGCCCUGCAGAGGGAGGGCUCCGAGGAGAAGCCAAGAGGGACGGGGGAAAUCCUUACGAAAGAACCGUACGGCGUCUCCAAGCACCACGAGAAGCGUACCUCUCCGCACAGCUUGCACCCCGCCGCUCCCCCCAGCGCCCCGUCCUCUCCGCUGCUGCUGCUGGCGCAGAGCACGUCGGAGGAGAGCGUGGUAGCGACCGAGAGGGAGCAGGAGGAGAACAUACAGACUUGUACAAAAGCCAUAGCCUCUCUGCGAAUCGCCACAGAAGAAGCCGUUCUGCACGGGGCGGAGCAGCUGCAGAGGCCCUCCGAGCCUCCCCAGAAACCUUUAGAAAGUGCACAUUUUAGCAUUAAACACUUUAGUGGAUCUGAGCCGGGCCAGACCUGUGCCUCAGCCACCCAUCCUGACUUGCACGGUGGUGAACAGGACAGUUUUGGUACAUCACAGACUGCGUUAGCCCAUCCCACCUUUUACAGCAAGAGCUUUGUGGACGUCCGGCAGUUGGGCUUUCACAGCAGGAGCGAGCCCCCAUCAAGCACACAGGAAAGAAAAGAUCCGUCAUCCGAGAAGAGCAAGCCACAUUGAUCUGAGAUGCAUGGAGACUUUCACCCAUACAUUUUACCCCAC